UACUGUUUGGCAAGCGACACGCUGGGAUGGUAUGUCCUAUUGGCCUGGGAAUUAUGAAGCCCAACAUGUAUUCCUGGACUUCUCCAGACGGGCUAUGUCACCAGCAGAGGCUGCCCUGAAGCUCCCUGUGGCCUGGAGACCAUGUACAAGAGGAAUGGUCUGAUGGCUAGCGUGUUGGUCACCUCUGCCACUCCACAGGGCAGCAGCAGCUCAGACUCUCUGGAGGGCCAGAGCUGCGACUAUGCCAGCAAGAGCUAUGAUGCCGUUGUCUUCGAUGUCUUGAAAGUGACUCCCGAGGAGUUUGCCAGCCAGAUCACAUUGAUGGAUAUACCUGUGUUUAAAGCCAUCCAACCAGAGGAACUAGCCAGCUGUGGAUGGAGUAAGAAGGAGAAACAUAGUCUUGCCCCCAACGUUGUGGCCUUUACCCGGAGGUUUAACCAGAAACUUCUAGAACUCAACAACCUUCAUUCUCUCAUGUCUGUGGUGUCCGCAUUACAAAGCGCACCCAUCUUCAGGCUGACGAAGACCUGGGCUCUUUUGAACCGAAAAGACAAGACCACCUUUGAGAAAUUGGACUACCUUAUGUCUAAGGAAGAUAAUUACAAGCGGACUCGGGAGUAUAUCCGCAGCCUGAAGAUGGUUCCCAGCAUUCCCUAUCUAGGGAUCUAUCUUCUGGACUUAAUCUACAUUGAUUCUGCUUAUCCUGCCUCAGGCAGCAUCAUGGAAAAUGAACAAAGAUCCAAUCAGAUGAACAAUAUUCUCCGAAUAAUUGCUGAUUUACAAGUUUCAUGCAGCUAUGAUCACCUCACCACACUGCCCCAUGUGCAGAAAUACCUGAAGUCUGUGCGCUACAUUGAAGAGCUCCAGAAAUUUGUGGAAGAUGACAAUUACAAACUAUCACUCAGAAUUGAGCCAGGAAGCAGCUCUCCACGAUUAGUCUCUUCCAAGGAAGAUCUUGCAGGCCCCUCUGCUGGCUCCAGUUCUGCGCGGUUCAGCCGGAGGCCCACCUGUCCGGAUGCCUCCGUUGCCGGCAGCCUCCCGACGCCCCCGGUCCCGAGACACAGGAAGAGCCACAGCCUGGGCAACAAUAUGAUGUGUCAGUUGAGUGUAGUUGAGAGUAAAAGUGCGACAUUCCCAUCGGAGAAAGCGAGGCACCUACUGGACGACAGCGUCCUAGAGUCCCGCAGCCCCCGCAGGGGCCUUGCCCUCACCUCCUCUGCCGUCACCAAUGGACUCUCCCUAGGCAGUAGUGAGAGCUCAGAGUUUAGUGAAGAAAUGUCUUCAGGGCUGGAAAGCAGGGGACGUCUCUAUGCCACCCUGGGGCCCAACUGGCGGGUUCCAGUUCGGAAUUCUCCUAGAACCCGGAGCUGUGUCUACAGCCCCACUGGCCCGUGCAUCUGCACUCUGGGGAGCUCAGCAGCAGUGCCCACCAUGGAGGGGCCUCUGAGGAGGAAGACCCUGCUCAAGGAAGGACGGAAGCCCGCGCUGUCCUCGUGGACCAGGUACUGGGUCACGCUCUCAGGGUCCACACUCCUGUACUAUGGAGCCAAGUCCUUGCGGGGCACAGACAGAAAACACUACAAAUCUACUCCUGGCAAAAAGGUCUCCAUCCUGGGCUGGAUGGUGCAGCUGCCCGAUGACCCCGAGCACCCCGACAUCUUCCAGCUAAAUAACCCCGACAAAGGCAAUGUUUACAAGUUUCAGACUGGCUCCCGCUUCCAUGCAAUACUGUGGCACAAGCAUUUGGACGAUGCAUGUAAAAGCAACAGGCCUCAGGUCCCUGCGAACCUUAUGUCGUUUGAGUAAGUCUCUGCGGGACUUGGCAUGACUUCAAAGGCUGCUGGGCUCGCCGGCCUGGGACUAGUGCAGAAGAGCAUGCCCUGGGCACAGGCUGUUGGCCAGGCUGCAAGGGAAGUCACCGCCCCCAGACGCAAGGGGACUCGGCCCACAGCCACACCGCCUCAGCGGACUCUGCUGGUGCAGGAUCCACCUGCCACCCCCCAGCGACUCUCGUGACACUCACUCUGUAGCAGCACCUCGAGGGGCCGUGGCUGGACCCCAGACUGCACACCUCCCUCUCUGGACCCUCGUCCACCAGCUGCCUGCUGCGACGAGAGAGCAUUUGGCCCACGUUGGGUUCCCAGCUUUCUACUGCACAAAGAGUGGACAGCAGAAACCUGCGAGAGGGCCUGAGAGGAGGGGACAGGCUGUGGAGCAGGCUUUUUACACCCCAAGUGCACGGGGUGGCUCGCCCACAGGGCUGCCUCAGAUUUUGUACAACCCCCGAAGCGUCCUCUGCGUGUGCGUGCUGUGUGUGUAUGCGUGUGUACGAGGAGCGAGCGAGUCAGUACUGCUCUCUGAGAAACAUGCAUUUUGGCACAAGACUUGUGACAUCUCACACUUCAUUCGCAUGGAGGCACGUUCAGCUUCAGUUCUAGCCUUGUCUGCCAAGGAAGGUCAGCGCGAGAGCCCAGCUGAUUUCUGUGUUAAGGGUCCCUUGUGUUCUUUGACUGUAAACAAACAAUGCCUUAAA